CGUUUCCCCGAAAACUCUCUGGUUCGGGCGAUUUUUCUGCAAGAUUUUGACGUCUCCCCUACUUCUAACAACAUCAAGAUGGCCAAGAAAUUCACUCGAUUCAAUGCCAAUGAGUUGGAUGCUAAAGCUCAUUAUGACGUGUUAAAGACUAGGCUCGAGGAGAACCCCAGACAAGUAUGCAUAAACACUCUUGAGGCAGUGAACCAACUGGACCGAUUCAACACUAUUGUCACUGGCCCAUUACGAGCUGCCCUUUGCACUCGACUUCACUCUAAGCAUGAAUACAUCAUGGAGUUCUACAGCCGUUUGACAAUGAAGGGUUGGAGUUUCGCUGUGGAGGAACCACAUACCGGAUCUCAAUUGCUCAAUUUUGGGCUUUGGUGGGGUUUUACUCGGAAGAAGAUGCUGGGGAUGAAGAAAACACCGGCGGUCUCCGCUAGAUCAAGGAAAGUGACCGCCAAACUGCUUGGGCUUAAAUAGGAGAAGGCCACUACAACCCAAGCCGAACUAAGAGUACCCUCUUGAGAGACCCUCUUUACCGCUACAUCCACAGGGUCCUCACCUACUCUCUUAGUCAGAGGCACGACAGCAGCGGUGUUGUAGGUUUGCAGGAUCUACUAGUCCUUCAUUGCAUCCACAACCGGGUCAACCUUGAUGUUCCAUAUCUCCUGCUCCGAAACAUGCACUGGAACCAGCUCGCUACUCCCCCGACUCCUAUCUUCUUUGGAGGGUGGAUUUACCGCCUCUUCAAACACUUCGUGAACAUGCCGAGGUCCUUCCACAAGGGGCCAUGGUCGGGGAGAGUAGACAUGGUCAUUUGCCGCUCCAUGAACCUGAUUUAUGAAGCAGAUAACGGGACGGUCAGAUUUCAAACGGUUCAAGGGCAUGCAUGGAACCUGCAAGAAGCACUCGUCUUACACGCUCCACCCAUCCAACCUCCUCCUCAGUACCAUUACCAGCACCAUGGUGAUCCGGGUCAAUCCUCCUCUCAGGGAGGAGGUUUUCCUAACUUUCAAAGUUGACAUGAUUUAUUACAGGAAAACCUUAUGUGCACCAAGAACACCUACAACAUGGCCAGCAACACGUACGCCCGGGUCGGAGCAAUAGAGAGAAACAUCUCUGACAUACAGGAUGACAUUGGGAACAUCCGGGAGUACAUGGCGGGGCACGAAGGAAUCGACGAUGAUGAAGACGAGGACAUGGAUUGAGCGGGAGGAGUGGAGGUAGGAUCAGCCGGUUGGCAGUCUAUCAAGUUAACCCCCUUAUCUCACAAACAAUUUCCGGCCUGCGUGCCGUUUGUUGAACAAUUUACUUUCU